UUCUCUAAAGUAUUUUUCUUUUAUUUUAUCCCAAUUUAUGGCUGUUUCUAUUUCUGCGCGCGACAACGCGUCUGCUACUGAGUUAUUUUUCCCUUCGAUGUAAUAAAUUUUAGGGUUGAUCUCUUGGAUCUCCAUUAGCCAUCUAUUCAAUUUCGCAUUGACUUGGGCUUUCUGGAAAAGAAAUAUAAGGGGCUUAUGGUCGGUCAUUAUAAGAAGCUCUGAUCCGUAUAUUAUUGGCCUAAAAAUGUUCAACGCAUGAACAAUGGCGGCCAGUUCGCCGUGCGUGGCAGGAUAUUUAGCCUCUGUUCUAUUAAGGGUUUUGCUACAGUAUGCUAUAGCACUUAUUUUCUCUCCUUUUUUCUGCAUUAGUGCUCCGGCCCAGGCAAUAUUUGAAGCAUCCGUAUAUAGAAUAAAAGGGUAUUUGUAAUCCGGUGGAGAUAGACACGGAGGUUUUAACAAUUCUGAUUUUAAUUUUAUAAAGGCUUGUUUUUGCUCCUCUUUCCAUUCAAACUUUUCAUUUCCUCUCAAUAAUUUCGAAAUUGGAGCAGC